AUGCCUACGCCACUCCCUUCGAGUUUUGCUUCCGCCGCUGCUGGCAAUCCCCAUGAUACCUCACGGAGACCUGAUGGCUCUGCGGGUGGAGAAUGGUCUCGAACUCGUAUGAACGGAGCCACACAGACUUUUCGUCGUCCCUCAGUGGCCGUUAAUCCUUCUCAGAAUCGGGAUCCCAAUCAACCCGCGUCUGGUACGACGACUACUCCGACGGUGGGCCCCUACACUCCCUCACAGAUGUCUUCGAAUUAUCCGUCGAACGCACUUCGCAACGGGGCCGGCAGUGAAACUCGUUACUCCAAGGAACAGCUUCUAGAACUCUACAAAGCUCAGCGGGAUUCCGGGGCCUUGAAUAAAAACGUCGCAGAUUACUUUGUGGCUGAUUGGAACCCUCGUCCGGAUACCUCACCUGUGAACGGCGCCUGGGGUAGAAGGGAGGACUCCAAGGAUAAUCCCUCGGGGCCGGAGGUCUGUUGGGAUCAUGACGGACACAUGGAACCCUUGGGAUUGGUGGAUAUGACGGACGAUGAGAGAGAGUUGUUUACUCUCUCGGUCAACUCUCCCUUGAAGCCCCCCCCAACGAAUGCCUCCAAAGAUAAUACAGGCACCGGGACCGGAGGACGCAAAUCGUCAGUUUCCUACUCGCAGGGGCACAUGAACACCUACAACACCUCUUCCCCUAGCUCGGCUCGCCCAGGACCGAGGCGUCGAGAGACGGGCGAUUCCACAGGGAAUCCCAUGUCUCCUACCGCCAGCGGCACCCGCUUUUUCCGUGACGAACCGACCGCCUCUACUCCGCCUCCGUCCCUGCUGCGUCGCAAGACCGACUUUCGAGAUACCUCAUCCACAGCACGAUGGGAGGAGAAGGAGAAGGAGAAGGAGUCAGCCGGCCGCGAAGGCAGCUCCGACGCCGCUUCUCCGUUUGGUUCCCUGAAGCGGAGCUCGACUAAUCCGCUGAAUGUGGCUUCCGGCAGUACCAGCUCGCCCUGGGCGUCGGCUUCGCAUAGCGCGAGCUUCUCGCCCAUGGGGGCUUUUGGAGCCUUCUCCCUGGUGUCCAACGCCGCCCAGACGCCGACCACGGAAAAGAAAGCCGGCUUCGGCAGCCUCCGUGGCGAGAGUCGCCUGAAGGGCUUAUUCUCCAAGGAUAGCUCGGAGGACAUGUCCGCCUCGAUCAAGGAGAAGACCUCUCUCAGCAGCUUGGAACGUCUGGCGGAAGGUGAGGGCGAGAAACGCUCACAGUCACCAUGGGCCGAGACAGUGAAAACGCGUGCGGGGCGGAGCGAGACGAACCCCUUCUCGGAGGAGAUCCGCAGUGGAAGUGCGGCGCUCGGGGGCUCUCAGGAGGUCAGCACGCCGUCUCAGGGCGACCAGCUGGGCUUCUCAGCCUUUGGCAUGACUUCUAAUAUCCCGGGCUUUCGCGAACUGAUGCAGAGCCACGAAAACUCCCGCAAUCCUACGCCGAGUUUACUCCACGGCCACGAACCUACCAGUCCUACGAACACGAACCCGUACCAGAGCCCUCACGGCGAGAGAGGCGAUGUCGAUGACGUGGAAACCGAUGGGUCGGAUAUCCAGAACACUCACCACCCCGGACUGACGGGACUCCGCGAUCCUUCGAGCGCGUUCGGUUCGAUCCGACGUGUGGGAUCGGGGAUGGAUCUACCCUCGAUCGACCGCAGCCAGACCUCCAGUGCCGCCGGGAACCGCAGUUUCUCGAGCCUCGGGGGUCUCGGUGGAUUGCCUUCCCUAGGCGGUGCCGGAGGAUGGCCCUCUUCUGGCGCUGUUGGCACUCCGACCCGCGAGAGGUCUGCUUUUACUGGUGGAUUCGGCGAUCCGAUCUUCGGCUCGGUGGCUGAUCUUCAGUCCCCAAGCCUGUCCACAACCUUGGGAGGCGGUGGUCUCUUCGGCGCCCCCGCCGCUCAUGCUGGGAUCAGUGGCACGGGUAGUCUGGGCCGCUCGAGCAAACUGGGGUCCCUCUUCCCCCCAGCGAUGCAGGAACAGAUGCAAGGGGACCAGGCCCGGCCCGAUUUGGGCACUCUCGAUGAGAACACUCAGUCAGCAGGUGAGGCAAUUUCCAGUCACCCGCGGGCUCUCCCGGAUGCACUGACCCGUGAAGCAGAUGCAGCAGCAGACUCCCAGCCUGCGGACAAGGCCGUCCCUGCGAAUAACCCCCCCGCCAGCAUGCCCACUUCUCAGACGCCGGUUUCAGCGGUGGGCUCUGUGCCGACCUCCCUGGCCGCCGAUGUGCCUCCAUUGAGUCAGACGCCUGGGCUGGCGAACGUGGUGCCGCCGGCCCAGCAGCGGACGAUGGUGAUGCCGGAUCGGAUGCGGUGGAUUUACCGUGAUCCUCAGGGCAACAUUCAAGGCCCCUGGACGGGACUCGAGAUGCACGACUGGUUCAAGGCCGGCUUCUUCAGCCCGGACCUGCAGAUUAAGAAGCUCGAAGACCCGGAGUUUGAGCCGUUGGCGCAGCUGGUGCGGCGGAUCGGCAACUCGCGUGAGCCAUUCCUGGUACCUCAGAUUGGGAUCCCCCAUGGACCCGACCCGAGCCCGGGGCAUUGGACAGCCAACACGACGGGCGGCGCGGCUCAGCCCCCCUUCCCGGGCAGCUUCCCCAGCUUCGGAACCACGUUGACGGCGGAGCAGCAGAAUGCGUUGGAGCGUCGGAAACAGGAGGAACAGUAUCUGAUGGCGCGUCAGAAGGAGCACCUGGCACAGCAGCAGGCGCUGAUGAAGCAGAUGCAAUUCCAGGGGGUCCCGCACGGCAUCCAUCCCCAUCAGCUGCAGCAUCACUCGAGUGCCCAUAGCCUCCACAGCCAGCCCAGCUUCGGCAGCAUCGCAUCCCCCGUGGGCUUCCAGCCAUCGCCCAUCCAGGGACCCACGCAGCAGCAGCAGCCGCCAUCGCAACCCCAGUCCGUAGUCGGCGGCGGGUUCUUCGACGCUGCGGCGGCGAUGAGGCCCAGUGGUCUACCUCCGGUCGGCCCCCCGAUGCUGGGCACCGACCUUGUGAACAACCAGGACCAGCUCCCGGCGCUUCUCGAUCGAUUGAAUGUGAGCCGUAGCGACCCUUUCGCGUUUGGCAGCCCCGCAUCGUUUGCGACGCGGCAGCCCGACCCCUUGUUCCACCCACAGCAGGUGGCGUCGAUGCUGCAGGACCGGGCGCGGUUGCAGCAGGAACAGGAGCAGUUUGACAGCAUGCAGGGUGACAGCCUGUUCGACCAGCAGGCGCGGGAAGAGCGACUUCACCAGUUUCACGCGCUCCGGGUCCAGGAUGGGGAAUUGGGGCUGGGACUACCCACGCACCCAACAGGAUCGUCUCUGGAGGAGACAGGAGAGCCGCUGACCUCGCUGGAGCUGGCCACGGGCGCUCUGGAGGCGGGUGCGAUCGAACACGAGCCCACCCUGAGUCUCUCUGAGCAGGUGAAAGCGGCAUCGGCGCAACGCGAGCAGCAAGAACAGGAACAGCAGCAGGAGCAACAGGAGCAGGAAUCCGCACCGGAAUCCGUCUGGGGGGUCAAGGGUGAUAGCGCCAUGCCGCAGCCGUUCCCUCCACCUCCGUCGGCGUCGCCGCUCCCGGCCCCGGCUGCGCAGCGCAAUCGACAGAACGUGGCGGAGUCCCUGGCGGCGCAUUCACGGUCGCAGACGCAAACCCCCGUGGACGCACCCACCACGUCGAUCGCGCCGUGGGCCAAGGAGGCGCACGAGCUGCCCAAGGGACCUUCGCUGAAGGAGAUCCAAGAGGCGGAGGCGCGCAAUGCGGCACAGAAGGAAGAACUGGCGGCGGCGGCGCGUCGGGCGCAGCUUCUGGCGGAACAGGAGCGACUCAGUCAAGCACAGACACAGACGCAGGCACCGGGGCUGCCGUCGACAGCCAACUGGGCCAGCGCCGGAUCGCCCGCGACGCCCACAUCUACCGGCUCCGUGUGGAACUCGCAAAAGGGCACGACCCCAUCCGCUGCUCCCGCCAAGAAGACACUGGCGCAGAUCCAGAAGGAAGAGGAGGCUCGCAAGCAGCGUCUGGCCGCGGCGACAGCUGCAACUGCAGCGGUCGUGCAGAGUGCACCGACCAGCUCAAGCGCCGUGACCCCGCCAGCACCAUCAUCUACGGGUAAGCGAUAUGCCGAUCUGGCCGGCAAGGCUCCGACGGCGCCAUCCCCGGUGUCGGCGGGCGCAUGGACGACGGUGGGCGCUGGUGGUAAGCCCAAGCCCCCUCCAGCAGCACCGUCAGGACCGCGGUCGAGCAUGGCUCUGACGGCGUCGUCCCCAGUGCGACCCAAGGCGACGACGACAGCAGCGAUGAUGGUGAGCAGCACAGGUAGCAUGAGCAGUACAGCGGGCAGUUCCGGAGGCGGUAGCAAUGCGCAGCGAGCGAUGGAGGAGUUCACGCGAUGGGCCAAGGUCAGCCUGGGUAAGGGACUGGACAGCAGCAUCAAUGUGGAGGACUUUGUCCAGCAACUGCUGCAGUUGCCGGCAGAGACGGAGAUCAUCUCGGACUCUGUGUACGCCAACUCGCAGACGCUGGACGGCCGACGAUUCGCAGAGGAAUUCAUCCGACGACGACAGCAGGCCGACAAAGGAAUCGUGGAAGGUGAAACGAAUGGAUGGAGCGAAGUAGCCAAGCGAGGAUCGGGAACGAGCCGAGAAGAAGGCAAUUCGGCGUUUAAAGUGGUGGCGCCUCGGAAGAAGGGCCGACGAUGA